AUGAAGCGAUCAGAAUCUCCAGAGCGACCCUCAACCGCCGUGGCUGCGCUGGAAAAGGCCGAGGCCACUGAGCAGCACCCGGCAGACGGCUCGUAUCCUCCCGUAUCGUCGAUUCCAGACAUCUCGCCCAAACGCCUCGCUCAAGCCGCCGAGGGUGCGCCCAGAGAACUUGCAGAGGCUGCCGCAACCAUUCUAUAUCUGGCAUAUGGCUCCAACAUGUGCGCAGAGACCUUUUUAGGGAUGCGCAAGAUCCGGCCGAUAUCCCAGAUCAACGUCUCGGUGCCGAUCCUGCAGCUGACGUUUGACCUGCCCGGAUUCCCCUACCGAGAGCCUUGCUUCGCGAACGUCGGAUACAGAAAGCUCCCCAAAGAACCCAAGCUGCCCGAUCCUCUGCACCCACCCAUCAUUCCGCCCAUCGGCCCGCCAAAAUCCGGGCAGGGCUGGGACGGUGGCCUCAUGGGAAUCGUAUACGAAGUGACCCAGGAGGACUGGCGCAACAUCAUGAGGACCGAAGGCGGCGGCUCAGGCUAUCAGGAGAUUGAGGUCCCGUGUCUUCCCCUGCCUGCAGAUGUGGGCAUCCCCGAGAAGCCGACUUUCCCAGACAUACCUAGACCAUUCCUCGCAAGGACACUCUAUUGUCCAUAUAUCCCUCUCGAAUCAGACAAGAACAUAAGCUGGUGGGCUAGGCUUGCUCUGGGCCCCCAAAGACCAAGCCCCGACUAUGCCCAGCCAAGUGCUCGAUACCUGAAGCUCCUGAAAGACGGUGCAAGAGAACAUGAGCUCCCCCAGGCAUACCAAGACCACCUGGCCUCGCUCCAGCCCUACACAGCCACCAGCAUCAGGCAAAAGAUUGGCCACGCCGUCUUCAUCUUUGCUUGGGCGCCGAUGCUGAUUUGCAUGAUGUCGAUGACGAGGAUCUUGGCAGACGAAACAGGCCGAGUUCCUCGAUGGUGCGCGAGCAUAAUCUCGGGAUCGUUUGGCGUCAUGUGGUACAGCUACGACAAGGUAUUCAAGCUCAUCUUUGGCGAUGGCGAGCGGACGAUGGAGGAGGAAGACAAGGCCAAGAUGAUGAGACGCAAGUCGUAUUCGGGCGGCACAGAUGAAGAAAAGGCGUCUUUGAUGCAAGACAAUGAGGAACAAGAGAGCUAG